AAUGAAAUGCCAGGGCUAGAGAUGAGUCUUUGGGGGAUGUGGUCUUGUUAAGGACUUUCGUAUGUGGUCUCUUUAAAAGCUCUGUAGUUCUGUAGCAAAGCAUGUCAAGAGGAGAGCAGUGUUUGAUCAAGUGCUGUGUAGGACUCGCCUUUUUUUCCCUUCACAAAAUUACAUUUUACUUUUUGUGUUAAAAGAAGACAAACUUUUUGGGGGGUGUUUACAAAGGAAGAUAUUUUCUAGCACAAACCAAGACUCAGCACCAGCAAGGUCUCUGGCCGUGGAAAACAAAUUAGAGUAAUUAGUGUGAAAUAUAUAUUACAAAGAUGAACAGUGUGGCAGAUUGGCUCGUACAGAACAGGGACAAGAUCGAGAAAGGUGUGGAGAUCAUGGGGCAAGCCUCUGAGGUACUAGCUGCCACUGUGGGCCAGCUUCACCCUGUCUUGGAGGCUGUGUUCGUGGCUUCAGCCGAGAUACUCAGCAACCCGGAGGGCAAAGAGGCCCGCUACCUGACUCAGCAAUUCGAACUGGUCAACCAGCAACUUGAGGGAAUCCAAGAUGAGAUUGAUAAAAUUGCUCUGGAGCUACAGAAGACGUCCGUGAACAAGCAGAACUUUGAUCGAGAGGCGCAGAUGCUCAGCCAGUAUGAAAAGUUCCAGGACUUUGUCAACGCCAAGCCAAAGUUCAAAGAGAAGAAGAUGAAGAAGUUCAUCAGCCAUUAUGAGAACACUGAUGGUGACUUGAACUUGGACGCCCUCUACAAUGCUGUCACUGGGGAGAACACCUCAGGAGACCCUAUGCUGGAAACUGUAGUCACCACAGAGCAGAGAAGCAGAAGGGCAGUAGAGGAUUUCUGCGCACGGCUGAAGAAGCUCUUUGUGGUUGGGAUUAUUGCCGUCAUGGGCCAUGCCGCCCUCAAGGAAGGAGCGGUGGGGGAGGAGAUGGUGAAGAAGUGGCAGGGACGGAUGGAGGAUGUGGAGAAACGUAUGAAAGCGGCUGUGGAUGACUGUACAGAGAACUUUGCAGAUCAAGCCAAGCUGGACAUGGAGCACCUGCUUCGGGAGAAUCCUGGCACUGUCAACCGCGACUUCACCAAAUCCCUUCUGGAUUCACUAAUUAAGAAAUACGACUGGGUGAACUGGUCCAUCAGGGCCUUCAGCGACAGGGAGCGCAUUUUCUUUUUCAACUGGCUGGCAGGAAAGAAGUACCAUGGAAGUGGAGGGGCCAACUGGUUCGACAUUUUGACCGACAACAAGAUCAAAGUGGUGGUCUCUUUCUGUGUUAACCCCACGCCCAUCAACAAGAGUCAGAUCCAAGAGCAGAUUGAGAGCCAGAAGCUAAAGGGGAACAUGAUGGGAGUGGCUCUGUCUUUGAGUAAGAGCUUCCCCAACUGCCUGGUCCAUGCUGUCAGCCAUUACAAGGAGGUGGUGGAGAUCAACAACUUCCAUGAGGAUUGUUACUACUAUGGAAAACACAAAAGAGCCUACCUGUGUAUCCAUCCCGAGUAGGCUUACAGAAAAACAUGAAGUCUAGCUGCAUACAGGAAGAAAUGAGCUACAGAUAAAUUCAUGAUUGUCAUUGCCAGAAACCUGGAAAUAUUUGCAUUAAAUAUAGAAAUGUAUUCAUAAAUAUUGUCAGUGUUGAAGCAUAAUCUGCUAUGUCUGGUUUCCGGUGAUUCAUUGUCUUACUUGUAUUGAUUUUUAUUCUUUUACAUAUAGAUCUUCCCUCUGUUGAUCAUACAGCAGCUUCAGGGUGUUAAAGAAAUUUCCGAGCCAUACAUCUCAAUGCCAGCUUUGACUUAGCCUUAUGAAAAUUAUAAUAAUUCUGGGAUAAUAUUAGGGUUGGGCGAUAUGAUGAUAUUAAUCUGUUAGCUGCCAGAGACUUUGCCAUACUUUUAUACCAAAGUACAUGUCCUAUUUAACCCUUUCAACAUUGCUGUGUCAGACCAUUGUGGGAAAUGCUGUAAAUCAAUGAGCGGGACUACUUUAUGCUGUUAUUAGAUGGGGUGCAGUAGCCAGAUUUGUCAGUUUGGAUUUGCCUAAAAUAAACAAAUAUAUAUGAGCAGUUCAUUUUUGGCCAUUUGAGAGCCAACUCAAUCUGCUGAUGAGGACAGCGUGAUAUGGUCAAAAGCUCUAGAACAAGCAAGUAAUUGGACCUUGAGCUGAGAUUGUUUUGCCAUUUAGUUAUUUUAUCAAGUUUCUCAGUUGAUCUACACAACAUCUAUAUCACAAGACAAAUUAAUGAUAUAUACUCUGGUCGAGGAUUAUUUUCAUAUCGUCCACUCCUAGACAUAAAUGCUUAUAAAGAAAAAUCUAUUCUAAUAUUUUUGCUGCUUUUGGUGCAAGCUAUUGCUAAAAUCCUUAGUGUACAAUCACUUAAUCAAGAUACUUAUGUAUAUUUUACUUUAAUUUGUAAUAAAAAUAUAAAUGUUUUUGUCA